UUUAUAUUUUCCGAAUGGAUCUAAAUUAGAACGAGGAUGUUUUCUCAGCUUUUGUUGAUGAAUACUAAAAAAACUUCUUUGAUAUGCUAUUCAGAUUUGAAAGCAAAGCUGAACCCAUAAAAGAAGCAUGGACAAGAGAAGAUGGCCGAGGUCAUGGACUGACUUGUGUUAUUCAAGACGGCAAUUUCUUUGAAAAAGCUGGUGUCAAUGUUUCAAGAAUCACAAUUCCAUUGAGUUAAGGAAUCUAUCAAUAAAUGAAAGGAAGAAGGGUUCCUGGAAGCAAUUUGGACUAAAUCGAUAUGAACAAUCUCGCUCAAUAUGAUACUUAUGCUAAUGGAGUAAGUCUUGUGAUUCAUCCAAUUAAUCCUUUCUGUCCAACUGUUCAUGCCAACUUCCGUACAAUAAGAAUCAAAGAACGAGAGACAGGAAAAUUGAUCGAUUCUUGGUUUGGUGGUGGCAGUGAUCUCACUCCAAUCUACUUAUUUGAUGAAGAUGCCAAAUUUUAUCACUAGAAUAUUAAAGAUGCCAUAGUAGAAGUGACUGGAGAUGACAAACUAUAUAGAUAAUACAAAAAGGAGUGUGAUGAAUACUUUGUAAAUCAUCAUAGAAAGGAAGCCAGAGGAAUUGGUGGAGUCUUUUAUGAUGAUUUCAAUUUGGAAUCCUUUGAAAAGGGUUUGUAGUUCUAAAAAGGAGUUGCAUACGCUAACUUGAAUAGUUAUGAAGCUAUCCUAAAAAGGAGAAAGGAUACUCCUUAUAACGAUGAGAACGUUCGUUGGAGAUCAUUCAGAAGAGGUCGUUAUGCUGAAUUUAAUCUGAUUCACGAUAGAGGAACCAAAUUUGGUUUGAUGACUCCAGAUGCCAGAAUCGAGAGUAUAUUGAUGUCAUUGCCACUCACAGCCAGAUGGGAAUAUAACUAUCAUCCAAAGGAAGGCACAGAGGAGGCAAGAAUUGUUGGUGUGUUACUUAAACCAGUUGAAUGGGUGUGAGAUAUAUAAGAGUAAAUUAAUUU